CUGAACGAUCCCUCGAGGAACUAUAUCGAGGGCUGGUUAGGUAACCGAAAGAUAUGGUGGUGUCCUUCUGGCUAUGGCUACUUGUCGUACUGCCCUCAGCCAUCUGAUUGGGACAACUAUAACUGGUGCUGCGUGUGGCCGUACAUGGGAACGUGGAAGCCAUCGUGCUGUCCUUUCGCAAUACCGACCGGUGCCGUCGUAGCCGUUAUAAUUGCUGGAGUGAUACUCACUGCCGUGCUGAUUGCGCUUUCGUGCUGGUGCUGCUAUUGUUGUCCACUGUACAAACAGCUGUACGAAUACUAA